CGUCCCUCAUGUUACUUGACGCUGUUGUGGUCAACACAGCGCACCCAGCACAUCCUUAUAGACCUGGCCAGCACAGCAUAGAACACAGCUAUCACAUCCAUAUACACGUGACCAACACAUCAUGGAAUACAGCCACAGCAUCCUCAUACACGUGACGAGCACAGCAAGUAACAACCACAACAAUCUGAUACACCUGUCCAACACAGCACGUAACACAACCACAACAUCCUGAUACACCUGGCCAACACAGUAAUUAAAACCCAACACAACCUUAUACACCUGACUAGCACAGCAAGUAAUACUCAAAACAUCCUGAUAUAUCUCCCUUUAAAUAACUUCCUCUCUCGUCACAGGCUGUUGGUGUUCGGUGCAGGUGUUCGAAUUCCAAGCCAGAGGGGAGCAGUCAGACAGCCAUUUACAAUACGGAGACAAGCUGGCCUUCCCGCCCCUCGACUCUCUGUCCUUCUGCGUGAGGCUGAGGUUCUACUUCCUGUGGGAGGUGUCCGGCUUCUUGCAAGUCUCCGACAACUCGACGGGUCAGGUGAUACACACCAUACAGGCAGAGGUCAACUUGAACUACAUCCGGGUAACUUUGUCAAAAUUUCGACGAUACUAUUUCCUCACACAUCGUCUACGGGCUCUGACUUGGCACCACUUGUGCAUCACUCACGGAAACGGAGUAACAGUGUCCUACCUGGAUGGUGUACAGCAGGAUUAUCACAAUUAUCUUCUCAGUGAACCAAUUACGGGAACCCAUAUUAAAAUUGGUUCGUGGAAUGUCGACCACAGCUUCAGCGGCCAACUUGCUCAGGUCAAUAUAUGGAGUCGUACUUUGACCGCUGAGGAAGUGGCCGCUUUGGCAGAAUGUAUUAUGGAGGAAGAGGGAGACGUCGUUCCUUGGAAAGGUCCUUGGACACCUGUUGGAGACGUGAAGGAGACCCAAGAGUCCUUUGAUGAUCUUUGUCAGGAAGCUUCUGGGACGGACUAUUUUAUCUUCACUGACUUCACUGCCAUUUCUGCUUUCCAAGUAUGUGAAGGUCUUGGUGGCUCUCUGCCAACUCCUCACUCUAAAGAAGAAUACACCACUUUGUUAAAAGCUGUGGAGAAGCACCAUGGUGAAGGAGGCAAGGUUUGCAAGCCGUUCUGGGUGGGUAUCACAGAUGUUAAGGAAGAGGGAGUGUGGACACAUAUGAAGUACAUGACACAGGUACGGCCCUCCUGGGCAGUGGACGAACCUGACGGAAAUAAGCUAGAAAACUGUGCAGUAGCUGAGGGUCUCUUGAAGUUGGCUGACACCCGCUGUGACGACGUGCAGUGUACAGUGUGUGCUGUGCCUCGGCGACCUGUCUGGGUGUUGCUUGGAGCCUGUGAAAGGUAUCGUCGCAAUACACACCUUGUUGCUCUUCAGGAAAAAUCUGGUAAUUUCGUUUUUAGAGGCUACUCAGAUUACAAAAUAAUCCAGAAUAAAAAUAAGACUGAAUGGUUGUGGUGGGACUGGCGCAGUAAAGAGAAUGUCGCUAGUUUGGUUAAUGCCGUAAAUGGCUUUCCAAUUGGGCGUCAGACAUGGACUAUGAAGAAAGCUAUGUGUGGAGAGGCUGAAGGUCACAAGAGGCGCCUCCUGCUGACUCCCUGUAGCGCAGGUCAGUUCUCCUGCGAUGAUGCAUCCUGCAUCCCGCUCUUUCAGCGAUGCGAUCUCAAGUUCGACUGCCGAGACAAGAGCGACGAGAGUGGGUGUCAGCUUGUUUGGUUUCCUCCCGUGUACCGACCUGACCUACCACCGGUUAUCAACAGCGACAACAACUCGUCAGAGCCCCUGCCUGUCACCCUACACGUUAUUAUCGAGAGUGCCGACGUUGACACGCCUUCCAUGGAUAUGCACGUCAAUCUGAACGUCAGCAUGACGUGGCAAGAGGCAAGACUUAACUUCCUUAACCUCAACGAAGAUUACACUCUCAACAGGUUGCCCUACGAGACGAUGAAGAGGGUAUGGGUCCCUGUGGUAGACUUCACCAACACCAAGGGCAUCCACAUCACGCAAACUGACCACCAGGCCACCAUGGUCGUCAACAUGCAAGGCAACGCCAGCCUGGGCGACGACACCCAGCCCGAGGAGUUGGAGGUGUACUCAGGACUGGAGAAUCCCAUAAGCGUGAGGAGAAAAUACAGCAUAACCUUCCAGUGUCAGUUCGACCUGAAGAUGUACCCCUUCGACGAACAGUUCUGUCACAUGGAGCUGACCAUGCUGUCUGCCUCCUCCCGUCUGCUGGUGUUCGACAAGGCUGCCACCAAGGCCAUCUACCGGGGCAACCCACAGCUCGUCGAGUACUUCGUGGGAGACGUCGAUGUCGACUUCCACAACGACAGGGACUUCGCGGUCAUGAUUAUAAAACUGCAGCUGCUACGACGCUCUGGCUUCAUCAUCAUGAACGUGUACAUCCCGUCGCUGCUGCUGCUGGUCAUCAGUUACCUCACCCUCUACUUCACACCCUCAAACUUCCAGGUCCGGGUCCUCGCUUCCCUCACUUCCCUCCUCGUCAUGGCAACCCUCUACACGCAGGCCUCUGCCUCACUACCUAAGACCUCCUACUUCAAGAUGGUGGAUGUUUGGCUUUUGUCAAGCAUAUUUUUCAUCUUCAUCAUCAUCGUGCUUCACACUGUGAUAGACCGAGUGAGGGAGUGGGAGCCAACAAAUACCCAGACUGCCUCAGGUAUCAAAAAGAUUUCACCGGCUCCCUCCGUCAGGUCUUCCACCUCCAACACAGUCCAUCCGUCGCAGGGAGAAAAGGUGACUAUGGACGAGUCAGGAGAGCCACCGGAUGUAGAGGAAUCCAGUAAUAGGUUGUGGAGACUCAUGGAUAUGUGUUUCAAGCAUUCGACUUCUAGCAUCUCUUUCCCUGGUGCAAAGACGAGACCGCUUUUUGAGAAGAUCAUCCUAGGCGCCCGAGUCCUUGUCUUGGGACUCCUCGUCAUCUUCAAUCUCAUUUACUGGACAAUUGUUUUGAUGUAGUUGUGCUUGGAAUACUGUUGGAGGAUUAUUAGUCUUUUAUGCAAGUUCCUCAUAAGCCGUGUUGAAUGCACAAUUGAGAAAUCACCAUACAGUGCCAUGAGUAAUUGGUUGAGUGUUGUUAUGGAUGACAGUCCUCAGUUCUACGAUACGAGGGCAACACUUAAGCAGUUUCGCGUUCAGUUUGAUACCUGUGCUUAUUCAAGAUAACAAAUAUUGGAUUAAAAAUCCAAAAUUGUAUUGAGACAUUUUGCAGUAUCCAGAGUCAAUAGCAACGCAUUCAUAUGUCUUUGUAAAUAUCGUGUGUGAGGGCUAACAACCCACUGAUGACACGUCGGCAGUCUUGCUAGUAUUUCUUUAAUUGUUAUCACUAUUUUCCUAAUAAUAUUUUGAGCGUCCAGCUGGAAAAAAGUACACUUGUAUAUAUUCUGAAAACUGUAUUUCUCUUGAUAUGUAUGCACUGAGAGCAAUGGUGUGUAUACAGAGAGGGACAUAUAUCUCGGUACAUAUACAAUUAGAGUUUACUUUAUCUCUAUGUUGGGUAUUAAGGUGUCCUUGACUCCCUAUAUUGGGUAUCAAAGUAUAAUUGGUGGUGUGCAGGUGACAUGCAGCCGUAAUGACCCUCGUGUAGCCACUAGAUUUUAAACCUAAUAAAGCAACCACUGGAGAGGAACACUCGCACAUCAGCUGUGACAACGACGUAGCUCCAGAUCUCCCAACGUCAAGAUUAAGAUUUGUAGUAUCUUAGUAGGAUGAUAUUUUUCUUAUUAAUAUAAUAUAUAGCAUUUUGUUAUUUGUCGAAAACUGUAUCCAAUAUUAGAGUAUACUUAGGAGUAUAACUAAGAAUAUCACUCUAUGUAUGUGAUGCAAUAUAUUCAGCGAAUAUCUCUAUGAGAUAUGAAAGAUUCGCCUUACGAGAUUUACUUCUAACCUGAAGGAAGGAGAAAUACGUGUUAUACGUGUUAUUUAAUUCAAGACAAUAAUUAGGUUAAGAGAAACACGUUCUCGAGUGCUGUAUAUAGUGAACCUGAGCCCUGUACAUAGAAAAUCUAAGUUCUGUAUCUGAGUGCUGUACAUAGCGGACCCAAGCCCUGUACAUAGUGACGCAAAACAGUCCUGUAUCUUAAUCGUGUAUAUAGCGAACCUGAGCCCUGUGCAUAACGAAUCAACUAUUGUGGCAAAAAGCCCAUACCACAAUUUUUUUUUUUUUAAGAUUUUUGUGAAUAAAUAAUAUCCAUUUUUGGUGUGGAAGACGGCUGUGUUCACUGAUUUACUAAGACCAGUGACCUGAAUCUCUGCUGCCGCCUUCCCGAGUGCUUCGGUGUCGCCAUCUUGUUUAUUAUCAAUAUUUUCAAUACUAGUAGUCUAGUUUCCUCGUUUUUGUACCAUAGAGGAAGUACAGCAAUUGCAUUUUAUAAACUUUCUAUGUAAAAAUAUAUUGCAGUUUUUGAGCAAUUUAAAUACACUUUUUCAUGUAUAUUGGAAGGAAUGCAUGAGAGAAGAAUGUUAUGAAAUAUUUCUAGAGACAGGUUAAGCACAGAUAGAAAAAGUUUAUAGAUUAAAGUAAAAAUUAUUCAUUGGAUAAAAAAUAAGAAACUUUUCCAUGAAAAUAAUCCACAUACCCAAAAAUUCUGUUGAAACCUUAAUCAGUGUAACCGAGUCGAAUCUCAUUCACUCUGUCCACCUGGUUGAUAAAUAUCUUAUAUCCUUCUGUUGUACAAUUUCCUCGUAAUACAUUAAGAACAACAUCCACUUCAUUAACAAGUUACAGCGUAUCAGUAAGUCCACAAAUUUUAAUAUAUUUUUUAUGUCACUGUUUUAAUAGAAAGUUUCUUUGACUAGCUGUAGGAAAUGCUUUAUCAGCAAUCCUGAGUAAUUUUAUAUAUAAGUCUCUGAAAAUAAGACUCAGUGAAAUACUACAUGUUAGUACCAAGUAUAUAUAUAUAGACGGUAUUGUGUGCCACUGACUGCCGUCUCCUUAUCUGAAAGACUUCAUUCCCAGUUUAAUAAUCUUUCUUCAUGCAUAUUCACCACUGAAGCAUAACAAGUGGUUCUUUGCCAUUUUUUAAUAUUUACAUUUAUAGUGUUGACAGAAUAUUUACUUCACAUAUAUUGGAAGCCCCACAUUUUCAUUCUGAUUAUCCAGGGAAAAUGAAAGGACCAGCAUUAUUGUGUAUGUUUCUCAGAGAUUUGUGUCUGUAACAAUGAGUAUAUUAAUGAAGAAAUGUAAAAAAAUCUAUAAGGUCACUAAUUAAUUGCGGUAAACAAAAAUGUUAUAGAUUAUCUGAAUGAAACUGAAAAAAAUACAACUCAGCAACAAGAGAAAUUUAUUCUCGGGGAAAGUUUGUUUUGGCAAUAAUUAUGAAAACUUUGUAAACAUCUCGCUGGUCAUGAAGUCUCAGUAUAAAUCCAGAACUAAACAAGUCGUGCAUUGAAAACCUCUAUGACUAGAGAUUCACCUUCUCGUUUAGACGUGUGUGCACGAUCCUGUGCACGAUCCCGUGCACGAUCCCGUGCACGAUCCUGUGCACUGACUGUGACCAUCUCUAUGUAGGAUAAAUGAGUAAAGAAAUGUCUUAAAAUGUUAAGUAGCAUAAAAGUACAGUUAAAAGUGGGCAUGAUUGAGUGUUAUUUUUUCAAUACAAAUGUCAAAAUUCACAAGAUUUUGACUGGAAAAAGCAAAAUCACUUCACAAAAAGGUUUACUGAACAUUGUUCAAUGUAUAGAAACAGGAUAUCAAUGGAAUUAUAAAAAAUAUAUCUUAGAUUUAUUACUUGUCUAAAACAUUAUACUAAUAUCACAAUUUGAAUAUACUUUGUGCAUAUGCUAUAUGAUAAUUAGCCUAGCAUGAUUUUCUCACUACUCUUUUUAAUUACUUUCGAAUAUCUGCUGUGUAUGUUACUGUACGUUAUAAUAUAUAUA